CAGCCUACUUUCACUGUAGAGCUCAAACCUUCAGCUUUAUCCAAACAGAAAGCUGUGAGGUGUCAUGGAUGGACGAAGUAUCCACACAUUUAUGCGACUAUUUCAGCGAAAAACAAGAACAACAUUUAUUUAGCGCGCUUUUGAAUUUAACCCUCGGUUAUGGAUCGUCUGGAUGAAUGGAGCUUCAAGUCUAAGAAAAUGGACCUGGAGGACUUCUACUUCGACUACGGAGCGGAGGAAAUAACAGAUUAUCAAGACCCCAUUGAACUUCUGGCUGCUUUGAAACAAAAGGAGGAAGAGGUUAUUUUGGCAGCCCAGCUGGGAAACGCAUUGCUCCUGGAAAACCGUCAGUUGAAAGAUCACAGCGACAAACUUCAUGAACAAUACGCAGACAAACUGGAGGAGCUGGAGCAGGGCAGGCAUGAUCUGCGACUGAAGCUAGAGGGCUGCCAGUCCCAGUGGGAGAGCCAGGUGGGGGACCUGGAGAGGGAUGUGAGGGAGCUCAGCGCCCAGGUGGAGCGGCUCACACAGGCCCUCAGCGAGGCAGAGAGGGACAAGAGUAGAGCCCAGCUGGAGCACAGCGAGCACUCUCAGCGACUUAGGGAGCAGCUCAACACCGCGAUGGAGGUGGAGAGAGCCAUGUCCAGUGAGCUGCAGGCUCUAAAGCAGGAGCUCCAACAAAAAGGAAGCCACAACAGGCCACAGGAUGAGGAGCUGAUCAGUGCCAUGAGGGAGCAGGUGUUGCGUCUCACCCAGAAGGAACAGGGGCUGGAGGAGCGUUUGGAGAGCGUGUGUCAAGAAAACACAGCGCUGAGGGCAAGUUUAGCCUCUUUACACGCACGCCUGGCUCUGGAUGACCAACUCAAGCAGCAGCACAGCCAGCAGAUAGCUGAGGCAUGGCAGGAGGUGGAAGCGGCACGGAGUCGCUCACAGCAGCUACAGGCCCAGGUGGAAGAGCUUCAGGAGGAGGUGUCCCUGCAGGAAGCCAGGAGCCACGGAGAUGCCUCCCUGCUGUCCGAGCUGGAGAUCAGCUUGGAGACGGCAGCGCUGGGAGUCAGCAAAGACGAGAUAAAGCAAGAAAUGGGCUCCAUCCUUCAGUUACUGCUCCCGCUGACCCAGGAACUGAGCGGCUCAGGGAGCUCAAAGGACAUGGACCUGCAGGCCAUGCUGCAUGAGUUGAAGGGAGUGGCCCAAACCCUGGCACAGGCAUCUAGCCCUCAGGAGCUGAAUCAAGCUUUUGUCGCCAGGACAGGUGAUCAGUGUGGGAAUCCGAGAGCAGCACAGGAGCUGAGGGAUCAGAAUGUCCUGCUGCAGCAGGAAAAUGCUGAGCUGAGGCAGAAGCUGCAGAGCGUACAGGAGCAGGCUGAAGUCGUCCAACAGGCCAUCAGAGACCGGGAUGAAGCCAUAGCCAAGAAAAAUCUAAUGGAGGCAGAGUUGGUGAGAAGUAAAAAUGACAUGAUGUCCCUGAACAACCAGUUAUUAGAAGCCAUCCAACGUAAACUGGAGCUGUCACAGGAACUGGAGGCCUGGCAGGACGACAUCCAGAUCAUCAUCAACCAGCAGCUCAGGUCCCAGCAGCAGUCGGAGCUUUCGCAGAAGAAGUCCACCACCAAAGGCAUGUCCUUCUUCCGCAAGCCCAGCAGGACGGCCUCAACCUGGACAAGCCAGUGCUCCUCCUCCUCCCCCUCCCCAAACUGGAGUUCCGACGCUGAUCAGGACAAAACUCAGUCCCCCUGGAGAGACUGGUUAAGACGAGGGAAAGGGGCACAGUAUGGCAAAUGAUGGAUGGUGAGUGCUAUACCUUCCUCCUGAGAGCUGAGGAGAGGAUGUGCAAGGAGGAUAGGUCAGAGUUCAACAUCCUGUACAUCCCGCGGUGAAAAGAAGCCAUAAAGACACUUUUAAUUCAGUGAUGAACAACAGAGCCACUACAGACAAAGGCUUGUCAAGCAGACACUUACUUGUACACAUUUCACUGAGAGGCUGAGCCUUCCUAAAAACUAAACUGUGACGACCUGGAACACUAGCAUUUUCACAGAAUUACAUUAGAAAGGUUUGAUUAAGACUGUAAAUAUCGUGCCUUAUUUUGUAAUAUCCGUACUAUUGUGAAUGUCUUUAUGUCUGAGGCUUUAUAUGGUAUACAUGAGAAGUGUAGAUCAGCAGAGAGUAUUUGUUCAGAUUACUGAAUUACAGAUGAUUACAGAUUAAAGAGUACAGUCAGGGAAUAAACGAUCAAAUAGUUAAUUUGUAAUCGUAUUGCAGUUUGUCUUUACAUACCAAGUUGGAUGGUGAGAAGAUGCAUUUUGCUCAAAAGCUAACUAUGUAAACAUGUUGAUUGUAUAAGAAACGCUGCAUGUUUUCAUGUACACUGAAAAAGCUGUUAUUUUUAUAAGUUUGUUUUGGUUUUUAGUAAAACCAAAUAUGUUCUCUGAAUAUUGACUUGGUGUGGUAUGUGUCAGUCAUGUAUGUAUAUUAUGUGACUCAGUGUUCAAUAUUAAAGCUGCUUAGUACAAACCCUAA